CUUUCUCAUUUUCUCGCCUUAGUAAGCUCUGAAAGAAAAGAACCGUUCCUGCAGGAUGAAGAGCUCCACCAUUUUCCUUGUCUUCGUAUUGGCCUUCUUGGUUAUUGCUGGAAAUGAGGAAGUGAGUGCGGCAAGACCAAAUCAAUGUAACAAGCAACAACUGCCACCAUAUGAAUUCAAGUGCUACAAGGAUGCUGACUGCGUCCCUGGCUGCCUAGCUCAAUUUGGACCCAAAGCUGUUGCAAAAUGCGACGAGCUGUGGUUCAGAUGUUAUUGCUGGAUUUCCUGUCCAUAAAUUAAUUAAAUUCACCUCCAUAAACACUA